AUGAAUGGGUGGUGGCGUGGUUCCCAAGGUAGUGAGUAUGGCGGCACGGGUAUGCGCAGGGCGGGCCUCUUUAGUGGUAUUGCGUUCCGUUAUCUUGCGGUCAUCAGUCUCUCGGAACGGGUUGCGGGGCCCGGAGGCGAUACACCGGAACUGUCACCGCUGUAUACGGCACAUAGGACGGGCACGUCCCCGUGUGUGGCAGAGUCGCUUGACGUGUACCGUCACUCACAUAUCCUCGUCAUCGCCUCUGCCUCCUGA